GUGCAUAGCAUUGAUGCUAUAUUGUAACUUUGCACAGAUUUUACUUGUCCUUUUGUCGAAGGAAAUAUGAAAAAGUUUUGUUGUUUGAUAAUGGGUUUCCUAGCAACUAUUUACAGCAUUGAAAUUGAAAACUGUCCUGAUCCGUGUAGAUGUUCAUCAUCGAAUUUAUGUCAGGAAAUAUGGGUAUCCUGUUAUUAUAAGGGACUUACUACAAUUCCAAACAAAUAUCCAGCAAAUACAUGUGAAUUAUAUUUGACCGGGAAUGACAUAUCCAGGAUUGAGAAAGAAAGCUUUUCAAAUCUGACUAAACUCCAACGACUUGGAUUGACGGAUAAUAAAAUAUCCUCAAUUGACAAUCGGGCAUUUAUUGGAUUAACCAAGUUAGAGUACAUUUCUUUGGCGGAUAACGAUCUUGCUUUUAUUGACCAAAAAACUUUCUAUGGAUUACGGAACCUGCGUUUUCUAUUUGUAGACCUAAAUCCAUUUCACUGUGACUGUUUACUGGAAGGCUUUGUACAAUAUAUCAAAGAAUUUCAACUUAAUUCAACUAAUUCCAUAGACACUCCAAAAUGUGCCACGCCAAUUAAACAAACAGGGAUGGGGUUGAAAGACAUUUCUCCAACAGAUUUGUCCUGUGAAAAAUCAACAUCACAUACCAGAUUGUGA